CGGAAUCUCCGCCAGCUGCGCAGACUCAGCAGCCCUCACACCGUCACAGCAGGGUUUUCCGUCGCUCUGCGCGGAUUUAGUCGACUUAUUUAUUUAAUUACUCGUUAUAUAAUACACACCGACUUUAAAGACACACUCUGACCGUCCUCAACCUUCAAGCGCACCCGAUGCACGAGUCCUCCUGACAGACUUGAAGUGAAAGAGUUGACCUGGAUAUAUCUGCUGUGUCCCACACUUGAGGCAGGCCUCUCCAAGCAGACGGAUACACCAGCAGACAGACAACAGUGUCAGCAGCCCAUCAGCAGCCUGCGGCUCGAGGAGUAGCAGCAGCAUCCAGCACUGCACCCACACCAUCCUCCCCCAUCCUCCUCCUUCUUGUCACGUUUGACAUGGCAGACCCCAGCCUCACGUCGCCCUCUGGGACGCCUCUCCGCUCCCCCAACGCCUCCCUCACCCUCUCCUUCCCAUUUCUGAGGGAGGGGAGCCGGGUAUGGGAGGAGGGGAAGCAGCAACCACUGCCUAGGAAUUUGCCCAGCCCAUUGCCAACGAAACGUACCCGCACCUACUCAGCUACCGUACGUGCUCACUCAGGUCCGAUGUUUAAGGGUGUGUGUAAGAACUUCUCCAGGUCACAAGGUCACGGCUUCAUCCGACCUUCCCACGGCGGUGAAGACAUCUUUGUUCACAUCUCAGACAUCGAGGGGGAGUAUGUCCCAGUUGAGGGUGACGAGGUCACAUACAAAGUGAGCCGGGUCCCGCCCAAGAACCUAAAGGUGCAGGCGGUGGAGGUGAAGAUCACACAUCUCAACCCAGGGACUAAACACGAGACCUGGUCUGGGCAGGUCAUCAGCUCGUAGACCUGAGCUCUGGUGCUGGGGUGGGGUGGGGUGGGGGAUGGUGGACCUAUCAUGGGACUGAUAAUUUACAAUCCUUUUUUUAAAAACAUGUUUUACAUACACAGCAAAGUAUCCCGAGUUAACAGCGCCAAUAAUUCAGAUGUAGUUGGUGUUUGUCCAAUCACAGAGCUGAUGAAACAGUUUAAUUUGCUGUGUAUGUGAAACUGAGCAUUUAUUCAAUGUUAGGAAAGAGAUACAUUUGUUUUAUUUAUUUAUAUUUUUGUCAUGAUAGCAGUUAAAAAGUAAAAUUUGAGGGGGGUGGGGGGUUAGUGUGACCAGUCAGAGCAUGUGGGCCUAAUUCUUCAUGGAGAUCAGCUGUGUAAAAUAUGAAACAUUAGGGAAAAAUCUUAUACAUAACUGUGGUGCAGAUCUACAGACAGAGGCAUGACAGCUGAGUGUAUGUGCAAGGAAGAGAGCGACGCAGGACAAAAGGCUGAAUUCAGUUUUACUUCCCAUCUUUGCAGCUGUUAUGCACUUGUUUACGCCACCAAAGUUUCCAGGAUCACAUGUUGAGUGCAAGUGUGGGUCAGAUGACUUGUUAUCAUGUUAUAUCUGUGCAGACUUUGGAAAGAAACUCUGAAUUCAACAACAGAGAUAAUGGACAUAAAAGUAAGUUGAAGAGAUUUGAAUGAUUGUAUUGCUGAGCGAAAGAAGGUUUAGAGACAGGUUGACCAAAAGGAAGGAGUAAAAUCACAGCUAGUUUUGCAUUUAAAUGAAGUUGAAUUAAAUUAAAUAAUAAAAAUCUCUAAAAAAAGACGUCGUUCUGUGUUUUCAGCCUUGACGGGAUGUCUCAUAAGAAACCCUUCUUGGUUUCAGGUCACCAGUUUAGAAACAUGACCUUAAGGGACAAAAAAAAGAAGGAAGUUUUAUUUUGAAAUGGAGAGGGGAACAGAAAGUUAGAGUAAGAGUUAGUUAGAAAUUAGGAAUUCAGUUUGACUUAAACAGAAAAGGCAUGAAGAAAGAUCAGGAUUAAAGCAGGAAGAUCACAUUAAACGAUGUAUGGACAUUUGAAAAGCAAAUUCUUACUGUGAAUGGAAAGAAACUUUCCUGAAAAAUACAUAUCCUUGGUUGUAUUGUUAUGUUUGUGCUUAUUUAUUUUAAUUAUUUAUCUGAUGAUUCUUAUUUCUUUUAAGAUUUAUGUGUGUCCUCAGAUUACAAGCUCUAUAUUUUGGUUAAUACAGUCAAAACUUGCACUUAAGAAAUUUGAACUUCCACUAUGAAAACUGCCACAGCGCUUAAGAUGUCAUUGUGAAGUUUUUUUCUGUUUGACAACUCCUGUUUUGAAAGUGUCUGGAGCCAUAAAAUGCUGAUAAACAAAACUAUUUCUAAAUCUCUUUUUCUAUUAUUAGAACAAAAAGAAGAAAAAAAAGAUCUGUCUGUGAUUUAUUGAGCGUCUUCAGCGUGAUGGUGAACUACAAUGACCUUCAUAGUUGGUGCCAAUGGAGGUCAUUGUCACAGAUAUGUUUGUAGUUAUUCAGGUUGUGCUCAUUUAUGUACUGUACUGUUUGUUAUGAUCUAUUAUAUCCAUUCCAUGGAGUCUCUAUGCAUCCCAGCUCUUUGUCAGUGUCACUGCCUGAAUAUGUUCAACAUUAAAUUUUGUUUAUAUCUUG